CAACACCAUGUCGUCCGCCAGGUUUGAUUCUGCAGACCGCUCUGCCUGGUACAUGGGACCAGUGUCUCGCCAGGAGGCUCAGACCCGUCUCCAGGGCCAGCGUCAUGGCAUGUUCCUAGUCCGGGACUCCUCUACCUGCCCCGGGGACUAUGUACUGUCGGUGUCCGAGAACUCGCGUGUCUCGCACUACAUCAUCAACUCCCUGCCCAACCGCCGCUUUAAGAUCGGGGACCAGGAGUUUGAUCAUUUGCCGGCCUUGCUGGAGUUCUACAAGAUCCAUUACCUGGAUACUACCACCUUAAUCGAACCAGCACCCAGGUAUCCAAGCCCACCAAUGGGUUCUGUCUCAGCACCCAGCUUGUCUGCUGCAGAAGAAAAUGUGGAAUAUGUACGGACUCUGUAUGAUUUUCCUGGGAAUGAUGCUGAAGACCUGCCUUUUAAGAAGGGGGAGAUUCUAGUGAUAAUAGAGAAGCCUGAAGAACAGUGGUGGAGUGCCCGGAACAAGGAUGGCCGGGUUGGGAUGAUUCCUGUCCCUUAUGUUGAAAAGCUUGUGAGGUCUUCACCACAUGGAAAGCACGGAAAUAGGAAUUCUAAUAGUUAUGGCAUCCCAGAACCUGCUCACGCAUAUGCUCAACCUCAGACCACAACUCCUCUACCUACAGUUGCCAGUCCUCCUGGGGCAGCGAUCAACCCUUUGCCAUCCACACAGAAUGGACCUGUCUUUGCAAAAGCAAUCCAGAAGAGAGUACCUUGUGCUUAUGACAAGACUGCCUUGGCAUUGGAGGUUGGUGACAUUGUAAAAGUCACAAGGAUGAAUAUAAAUGGCCAGUGGGAAGGCGAGGUGAAUGGGCGCAAAGGGCUUUUCCCUUUCACACAUGUUAAAAUCUUUGACCCUCAAAACCCAGAUGACAACGAGUGAUUGCUAUUGCUGUCCCUGCUGCUGCUUUGUUCUGCCUGCCAUAGUCUCCUUUGAAGUGAGAAGCAUUCUCUCACAUGCAAGUCACACCUAGCUGCUGGCGGACGGCUUUCCAUACAUUGGCGGGCUCCUGCAUACUUGGAAUGCUUCCAGCAGCUUCGUCUUGACAUUUGUAUCAUAGUCAUGCUGUCAAAGAGUAGCUGAUUUUAGAGUUCUUGUGGAUUGUAGACUGGAAUGCCGGUGGAACCGCACAGGUAGAGAACUGAACACAAAAAGGGCCUCCCUUCUCAUCACUGCCUUGCUUGUCACAUAGAACGUGUGAGCCUGCUGGCGUCCACAUGGACAGGGUUAGCCUCCGCAAGCUCUUGCCAUUGCUGGGCCACAGAGCAGUGGCUUUGCCAUCAACUUGUUUUCCUUGGGACAACAGAGGAAGUAAACUCCAGACAGUUCUUUCCGAACUUCUGAAAUCUGGCUUUUUUCCACUUGGUUUUGUUUAGUUUUGUUUUUGGAAAACUACUUCAUUAGUGUGAUCUGAACAGAUUUUUAAAUAGUAGGUUGAAUUUUUGUGAUAGUCUAAGGAACAGUCCCUGAGCUUCCAAACUGAAGCUGCUGUAUGUAACUAAUGGAAUAUGAAAAGACACCCUGAAGUGGAGGCCUUUAUCUUUUGGUUGCCAUGACCCUGUGUACCAUGUGGCAAACAGUACACACAAACCACAGUCAUGGUGUGCCAUGCUGUAUGCAGCUGGGAAACACCAGGGUGAGCCGUGGUCUGUGGAGUCUGGUCAGAAAAGGGUGGAGCACUUGGUCAGUUCUAGCUAGCUUAUCAAUGAGUGCACCCUUUAAGAACAGUGGAUUUACCACAAAGUCUUAUCAGCCCUUCCUAACCUGACCCAGCCUGUCCCAGGCAGCUUGAAAGUGGCAGUACUGUGUGUUUUGUUCCACUAAGGCUGUGGAACAGUACACAGUGCUCCUAAGCAAAGAAAAUGCAGACUCUGGGACCCUUAACCUAUAUACCAUGACCCAAUAUGCAAGUCAGUUGGUACAAAUGUGUGUCUAAUCCCUUAUCCACAUGUGGCAAACCUGAGUUCUAGAUUUUUUCUGUAGUAUGCUGUUUCGGCUGACCUUGAUGAGGACACACCUCCACAUACAACACCACAGAAGACCCAGAAAUGUAGCAGUGAUUUAGUGAGUAGCUCCAGCAUCUACACAAAAGCUGCAACUGUGAGCCUGGCUGUGCAGGCUCUUAGGCUGUAAGAACUAGUGGAGUAUAUUCAGGAGACAAAACUAACACAACCAUUUGUCCACUAUAUUUAUUUCUCUUAAAGUGUGUGUGUGUGUGUGUGUGUGUGUGUGUGUGUGUGUGUAAUGUGUAUGUUUUGGACAUGGUGGCACACACCUUUAAUCCCAGCAUUUAGAAAGGCAGAGGCAACCAGGUCUCAGAGUUCAAGGCUAGCCUGGUCUAUGUAAUGUGUUACAAAACAGCCAGGCCUAUAGACAGAGACUGUUUUAGAAACACACCUUCACCCCCGCCCCUCAGUGUAUGGGUAUUUCCCUUCAUGUAUGAAUGUGCAUCACAUAGGUGCAGUGUCUAAGGAGGCCAGAAGAGGGCAUGGGAUCCUCUGGACCUGGAUUUAUUAUGUGGGUGCUAAGAAUUGUGCCUGGGUCUUCUGUAAGAGCAGCAAGUGCUGUUAGCCACUGAGCCACGUUUUGAGCCCCAUCUGUUUUUCUUUAAAUCAGUGCUCCAUCAGGCUGAUAACAUAAUAAAGAAUGUUCAUGUGACAUAAUAGUCCUUUGGGGGUGGUAUCAUCCAUCAUGUUUCCAUGUCUGUGGCUUUCCAGAAAAAAGUAGUAGAGGUCAGUUCUUUUUGUCUCUGAAAGCUGCCAUUUUUGGCAAGGUCUGUUGAGGGAACCCCAAACCCUGCCUAGAACAAUACUUGCCUUGUGGCUAGUGACCCAGUUCAGCCCUAUGCCUUUGGAUACCUGCACUGAAUACAUGCCUUGUUCACAGAGGACACAAACCCCAAGGACUCACACCCAUUGUGGGACUUGAACCUCCUGCCUUAUACAUGGUAGAUAAACCCUCUGCCACUGAGUUCUUUUAAAUUUUGUGAUGGGAUCUCCACCAAUUGCCAUGCUAGCUUCAAAUUUUCCAUACCAGCCUCAGCUGAAAUUACAAAGGUUUGAGUCACCACACCCAGCUCUUAAGGUCUUUUGAAACUGCUUUUAACUAAAGUAGCUUGAUAACUUUUGAUUAUAGCAGUUUGCUUGGCACAGGCAGCCAAUUUUGAGAAGAGGGUUUCCCUUCUCAAGUCUGUUGACCAGCAAGAAAGACUCCAUGUAAAUUCAGAAUCAAAAUGCCCCAUAAACUUGGAGUUUGGUUUCUGAAAUCAGCUAAUUUGGCCCAUGUAAAUGUUUCUAUAGCUCCCUCAGAUCCAAAGCUGAAAAUAAGACAAGUUCAGAACUCUCAGGAUAUGUGCCAAAAGUAGUAAUUUCCUGACUUAAAUUUGUGCACUGAUAGAAAGUGGCAUCUUGCCUAGGUCCCACUCCUCUGGGCAAACCCUCGGCCUCAGAAGGGAAUGUGAUCUGGGGUUUUCCUUCUGUGACCAUCAUUACAUGGUCUGCUCUGCUGUAUUGUAGAGAGUACUGGGGUGACAACCCACUCACUGUGGCUGUUGUGUCUGAGAAGGAGACAACUAGGUAGUCUCGUCAUAGAUAGCUAGGCUGCAGUCCUGUUUCCUGGACAGAACCUCCUGCAGGAAGCAUCCUUGUCACUUCUACGCUGCUUUGAUACCACCUGUUGCAGGGUUACCAGGGUGCACUGGCUUUGGUCACCCAGACGCAGAACCCCCUGCUCACCGGAAGAGACUCUGUGCCCUCCCUUGGAGAUGCACAUCUCUGGCACUGCGCCAGCCUUAGCCUUCCUCUCCAGCUGUUUACAGACAAGAUGGGCCAGGACUGAUGGCCACUGCUCUUGUAACUUUUGUUCAGAAUAAUGAGUGUUUUUAAGGGAUGAUGUGUUCUUGUUCCAGGUGUUUAUAAUUUAAUCUUUUAAUACUAUGUUCAUUAACCUCUUAAAAUGAGUGAAUCCUUGAUUGUUGUAACACAGUACCUAAGACUAAUGCUCUCUGUGGACUCCUCACCAUGGGACCAGAGAACCACAUCCCUGGGACUGCUGCCAGUCUGGACACUGAGCUGCUUGUAUAUUCUCGAGGAGCAGGAGGACAGUUCUCUAAACAGGAGGAACAGUGGCCUUGCUUCUAGACAGCCUUCACUGUGUGUUUUAAAACAACAUAAAACUCUUUUGACAUGUGUAACUUAAAGAUCAUAAGUGUCAGGCAAUAAUAUUUUCUGUGUAAGCUUUUAAAAUUAUUUUUGGGGAUCAUAGCUUGUUUUAUUUUGUGCUAUAAAAUUAACAGUAUUAAAUGACUUAUAUUCUUAGAAUACAUUGAGUGUCUUUUCUUAACAGAUUAGUGCCUUUUUAUUUUUGUAUUCCAUUUUACGUUACUGGUCCCAGCAUCAAAACCCUUGUUUCCAUGGCCUGUUUGUACAUUGUCUCAAUAAAACUUGCACCAGCUGGCAGUGGCAGCA